GUAAAGAUCUUGAAGCAGGAAGAGACAUGAAGAAGAUAAAUGAUGCAGGACCGACCUUACCAAUCUUCCUCAAGGUAAAAUACUAUUCCUUCCGUCCAAAUAAUAUAUAAAGUGUUACUUGGUGAAGGUCCUACUCAAUUUUCCCAAAGUGAAAGGGUAAAACGAAUGUAAUCACAUGAAAUUAAAAAACCAUUCAUAUUUAUGAAAUAAGACUUUGAGACAAACGUGAGGCUUGAGAAGUUAAUUUGGUAUUUUAAAAAAGUUCGAGAAAUUAAAAGACCACAAAAAUGUGUUGGUUUGGAAUAAUGUGCAGUUUAGUGAGAUUAGCUACAAAGUAGUUGUGAAGGGGAAGAGAUGUAAAGGGGAAAAGGAGAUUUUGAAUGGAAUAAGCGGUGGAGUAGAUCCCGGGGAAGUUUUGGCGCUGAUGGGGCCUUCCGGAAGUGGAAAGACUACUCUCCUCACCCUUCUGGGAGGAAGGAAUAAAAGAGGGCCAGCACCCGGCGGAUCCAUUACUUAUAAUGACCAACCAUAUUCCAAGUUACUUAAGAGCAGGAUAGGAUUUGUGAGUCAAGAUGACAUCCUCUUCCCUCACUUAACAGUGCGAGAAACACUGACCUAUGCUGCUCGGCUAAGGCUACCCAAGACACUGAGCAGGGAGGAAAAGGAAAGAAGGGCAAUGGAUGUCAUCUUCGAGCUGGGGUUAGAAAGGUGCCAAGACACCAUGGUUGGGGGCUCCUCCUUUGUUAGAGGAGUCUCCGGCGGAGAAAGAAAACGUGUUUGCAUUGGCAAUGAGAUUAUAUUAAAUCCCUCCCUUCUCUUCCUGGAUGAACCUACAUCUGGUUUGGACUCCACAACUGCUUUAAAGAUCGUUGACAUAUUACAUGAUAUAGCUCAGGCAGGAAAAACAGUGAUUACCACAAUUCAUCAGCCAUCAAGCAGGUUGUUCCUCAAGUUUGACAAGUUGAUUCUUCUUAGCAAAGGAAGCUUGCUUUACUUUGGGAAGGCAUCAUCUGCAAUGGAUUAUUUCUCAUCCAUAGGGUGUGCCCCACUCAUUGCCAUGAAUCCAGCAGAAUUCCUGCUGGACCUUGCUAAUGGAAACGUCAAUGAUGUCUCCAUCCCAUCAGAGCUGAAUGACAAAGUGCAAAUGGGUAAUUACAUGCGUCAAACGCAAAAAAGAAAGCCAUCUCUAUCAGUUAUGCAUGAGUAUCUUGUGGAAUCUUAUGAGACACAUAUAGCUGAAAGUGAAAAGAAGAAACUUCUUGGCCCUCUACCCAUUGAUGAAGAGCUGAAGUCCAAAGUGAGUUGCAUAAAGAGAGAAUGGGGAGCAAGCUGGUGCGAACAAUUUUGCAUAUUGUUUUGGCGAGGACUUAAAGAAAGGAAGCACGACUAUUUUAGCUGGUUAAGAAUCACUCAAGUCAUUGCAACAGCGCUUAUAUUGGGUAUGCUCUGGUGGCAGUCCGGAGGUGAUCAUAAUCCUACUCAAUUACAAGAUCAGGCAGGACUGCUCUUCUUCAUUGCUGUGUUUUGGGGAUUUUUUCCAGUCUUCACAGCAAUAUUCACAUUUCCUCAGGAAAGAGCAAUGCUAAACAAAGAGAGAGCAGCUGAUAUGUACCGAUUAAGUGCAUAUUUCGUGGCCCGGACAACCAGUGAUCUGCCACUUGACCUAUUUCUUCCAUUACUCUUUAUUGUUGUUGUGUAUUUGAUGGCAGGCUUGAAAAGUGAUGCUGCUUCCUUCUUCCUAACAGUGCUUACUGUUUUCCUAUGUAUUGUAGCAGCCCAGGGACUAGGACUAGCUAUUGGGGCCACCCUAAUGGAUCUGAAGAGGGCAACAACUCUUGCUUCAGUUACUGUGAUGACCUUUAUGUUGGCUGGUGGAUAUUUUAUACAGAGGGUACCGAAAUUCAUAGCAUGGCUGCGGUAUCUGUCCUUCAACUAUCACACAUUCAAACUUCUGCUGAAGGUUCAAUAUGGAGGCAUAACAAAUUCAGUGAAUGGGAUCAAAAUAGACAAGGGAUUCAAAGAAGUAAGUGCACUGGCAGCUAUGGUCGUUUGUUAUAGGCUUUUGGCGUACAUAUCUUUGAGAAGAAUGAAGCUUCAUUCUGUUGAUGCUUAGACCAUUCACACUUCUCCAUCUCUUUGGAGACAGAUCAGACAAGUUAACUUUUCCUAUUGCUGUUAUUUAUGAAACAUUCAAGGCCUCACCUCUUUGUCCAGACAACCAAAAUAUUGUAUUUUUUAUAGAGGGCCACACAAACAACAAGCUUUUUUAUUCAGGUUACUGUCCGGAUACAACUAAAUAUAUAGUUUAAUUUCUUUA